CAUAGAAGAAGAUCUCUUUAAUAUUAUGAUGUUUCAGCCAAAUCUAAUUAUUAAUAUGAAAAACCUUUCUUAUGGAUUCUUAGAAAACUUGUUGGUGAUCCUAAUCUAGUUUUGGUAGAAGGAAUUGCCUUACCUCCACCUGAAAUUAUCAUGGAUUAAGCUCAUAUUGAUCAAAUGUAGAAAGAAUUAGAAGAAGUUGAAAAUGCUUAACUUCCUGAUGAAGAAGAUGAUGAAUUUAAAUGAUCUAAUUUUUUGUUUAAAUAAAAA